CUACAAACAACCAACUUCUACUUAAGACAACCAUACACACAUCAAUCCAACUAUACCAAUACUUCGAUUUCCUUUCCAUCGACUACUAUUCGACCAUUCUACCUCUUACUCCAUUCACCAUGCCUGCCCGAUUCUCUCCUCAACUGUUGUGGCGUCGAGCAUUCGCAUCGACAACACGUGCCCGAGCUACCAUCUCAUCACCACUCUCCACCAUCCCUUCCACAAACCUCGGUGCCAGCUCCUCCUCCGUACCUAAACUUGGUAAAGUAGGACGAUGGUACCUCCCGACUAUGGCCCUCAUAGCCGCUGGUAUGAUCUACCUCCCCGCGAACCUCUUCAACAGCACCAGCACCAGCCUCACCUCCACCCUCUCACCGAGCCCAACCCUGGACUCGGCUAAUCGCAAAAUAGGCUUCGCCAUCGCCAACGCCCUGGAAGAGCACAACCACUCCUCCCGCCGGCAGCGGCAGCAACCUCGCGAACUAACCCAGACCGAGAAGAACAGGCUCCUCAUGGACGCGUACGGUUCGCGGUCGACGCUCGAGGACAUCGAGGCCGCGUUCAGGCAGAUUGAGAAUGGCACUGCGAGCGUGGUGCCGGAUGCGAGUGAGCGGAAUAGGAGGUUGCAGGAGGCGUAUGGGGGGAGGGAGAGCCUGAGGGAUGUGGAGAGGGCGAUGCAGGUUUAUGAGGUGCAGUGAGCAAGUCCAGUCCUGUGGAGGAGUUUCUUUACGAAAGCGAGCUACCCGGCCUGGGGAGGAGGUCGGAAGGUCGAAAGGGGUUUCGACGGGGACAGAGUCGAGCUCGG